AUGAGGGGCUUCACGAUAUUGUUUGUGUCGGCUGUGCUCUUCCAAAGUUCAUUAGCUCUGAAGAAUCUGGAAUUACCGAGGUGGAAAUCAUUCCGUGAUGCGGAACAGGAAUGCGCUGAUUAUCUGUUUAUCACAAAUGAAACUCUGGAGCGAUACCGCUGCCGUGGAUAUCCAGACGAGCCGAGUGUUCGCAAACUGCUCAACUGUGUUGAAACAAAUUUGAACGCGUGGGAUGAUAGCCAUAGCCAGAUCAAGGAUUACGUAUUCAAGCAGUUCUUCGUACCCAACACAGUUGAUUGUGAUAACGUGAAGCAUACCCAGGAGUGCUUAGAUCGCUACGUGGUUCCUCUGGAUCGCCAAGAUCGUCUGGGUCGGGCAUAUCAAACUUUCCAGUGCUACUAUAGGCAUUAUGCAGGAAUAAGUGAUGAAGUGAAAUGGGUGCCGUUCCAUUUCAGCGAGGUGAUCCAAAUAGUGGGCGAUUGUCUUCGUAUUGUUCCGCAAUGUCCUGAAGCUCUGGUAAAUUUCUGCAAAGGAAAUUUACCUCCCAACCCGGGUUAUCCGAAUGCAGUGUACUGCUCUACCGUUCGAUUGGGACUCUACAAUAAAACGACUGGAGUUGACUUUCAAAAGCUAUACGUUCAGUUCGGCGAUGAUGAACUUCUCGAUGACGACACCAGGGAGUGCGUGAAGAGAGUGGAGGAACAGCAUUGCAAAGAACCGGAGCGUCUUGUGCACGCACUAGGGGAGUGUUUGCUGAACUAUCUUCCAUUUGUGCAAGCCUUCAGCGUUAGCGCAAGUAAUUUGCUGGGAAAUCCGCCCCAUUGUGGCAUUCCGCCCAGUCCACCACCGAAAACUCAACCGCGCUACAAUGCUCAUCUUUAA